AUAUUACGAAGGCGCAUGCGCAGGCGUGAGAACGUGCGCUUCCUUCUCUUCAAGGCUCUCCGAGUUCUUGCUGUUGCCAUGGGCCGCAGACCAGCUCGAUGUUACCGGUACUGCAAAAACAAGCCGUAUCCAAAGUCUCGUUUCUGCCGUGGUGUUCCUGAUGCCAAGAUCCGCAUAUUUGACCUGGGUCGGAAGAAGGCAAAAGUGGAUGAGUUCCCACUCUGUGGUCACAUGGUGUCUGAUGAAUAUGAGCAGCUCUCUUCUGAAGCCCUGGAGGCCGCUCGAAUUUGUGCCAACAAGUAUAUGGUGAAAAGUUGUGGCAAAGACGGCUUUCAUAUUCGAGUGCGGCUUCAUCCCUUCCAUGUCAUCCGCAUCAACAAGAUGUUGUCCUGUGCUGGGGCUGACAGGCUCCAGACAGGUAUGCGAGGUGCCUUUGGAAAGCCCCAGGGCACAGUGGCCAGAGUCCAUAUUGGUCAAGUCAUCAUGUCCAUCCGCACCAAACUUCAGAAUAAGGAACACGUGAUUGAAGCCUUACGCAGGGCCAAGUUCAAGUUCCCUGGCCGCCAGAAGAUCCAUAUCUCCAAGAAGUGGGGCUUUACCAAGUUUAACGCUAAUGAAUUUGAAGACAAAGUGGCUAAGAAGUGUCUCAUCCAGGAUGGUUGUGGAGUCAAAUAUGUUCCCAAUCGUGGCCCUCUGGACAGGUGGCGAGCUCUGCACUCCUGAGGUCUUUGACAGCACUGAUUCCUUUGGCCAUGCUGGCCUCACAUGCUCACCAAUAAAUUUUAUUUGCUGACAAAAAAUAAGUAUUUUUUAGUAUUUUAAAUAUUUUUAAAUGUUUGUCCAACUUUUAGAAUAUAGACCAUGAGAGAAAUAGUUUUAUAUUAAAGGAGAGUUUUAAUAGCAAAUGAUGCUUUUCCUCAAGUAUGAAUGAAAUAAUUUGUAUGCAAUUUACAGAGAAAGUUACUGCAAUUCUAAUCCAAACACUUUUAAUUUGGGAGAAUGUAAGGAAAUAUGUCAAAAGUUUUGUUUGUAGUGACAUCAUAAGUUAUGCUGCUAUCCUUACCUGGAAUAAAAAAAUAGCUAGAAAACAUCCAAGAUUUGUAGAGAAAAAAUUGUUAUUGUUUAUGGAAAAUAAACAAUAGGGAUGACAAUAAUGAUAUUUAUUAGUGAUAUUUCUACUGCAAUCUCUUUGAAACUAAAAAAAAAGCCUAUUCUUAAACUUGUUAUGUUUUCCUUAUAAAUUUCUGCACAUUGAUUUUAGAAUUUCGUAUCACCUCCAAUUAUCAGCAUUUGGACAGUUGGUUGUGACUGCAAAAGGUUUCCUCAGACAAGCCUUACAUUAUUUCACACUCAGGAGACAACAGUCCAAUCUUUUCUUCAUUACAGAAAGGUCAUAGGUUGACAACAGAGUUCACAUUGCUUGUAUCGAAGUCCCAGUAGAACCACCAGAAAAGAGAAAAUGACACCAAAUCAACUAUCUGUGCUUUAAAAGGACCCUAGAGAGAAUUUACAAUCUGUAGGUGCUUGCUCUACAUUAGAGUUACAUUGAUCAUAUAGGUGGUUUUUGUUGUUUGUUUUGUUUUAUUUUUGAAACUACAUAAGCUAAAAUUACUGGGUCUGUGUUAUAUUUUAAAAUUCUGGUUCCUUAUUUAGUCUUCUGAAUCUCGAUCUUGCCAACAGUGACCUCACCUUUUUGAAACUAACCACUCGUUUUCAGGGUCAACAUAGUGAAUGAAAGCAACAAAGGGAAUAUUGAACGGUAUUGAGAUAUGCACUUAUUAAAGUAUUUCCAUUUACUUAAAAACUUCCUUUGUCAAUCCUAAAAUUUUGCAUAUGGCAAUAUUUUUUUCAGGGUCCUGCCGUAAGAUAUGUCCUACUUGUAUAUUUUAAAGCAAGGUUGCUGUAUUAAGCUAUAAUAUAUUCCAUAUUAUAAGUGAGGAAGAUAAAUAGUAAAUAAUAUGAAUAUACAUACAGUGUUCUUUCACCUAAGAAGUACUUUCCUUGAUGUGUUUUACUUGAUGCUUUAAAAUUCCUCAAGGUUUCUAGGAAAUAAAGUACUGUGCAGAUCUUC